CAAGAAGAGGUUGGACAUCCCAGGAACGUAUCUCAACCAUGGUGCGGGUACCGGCUGUUCUGUUGACUGUGUGGGCAACCUUAUCUGUGGCGACUGCGGAUAAGGAAGCAUGGGUGACGAUGGCGCAGAAGACGCUGACGGAAGCCCUCCAACUUAAGCCGAACACCAACGUUGCCAAGAACGUUAUCUUCUUCCUGGGUGAUGGAAUGGGCGUGUCAUCUGUAACGGCCGGGAGAAUAUACACGGGCCAGACCGAAGGGCAGACGGGGGAAGAGAAGAUUCUGUCUUUUGAGAAAUUCCCCAAUGUUGGACUGUCUAAGACAUAUAACGUGGAUCGCCAAACAGCUGACUCAGCAGGAACAGCCACAGCCUUCCUGUGUGGGAUCAAGGCCAACUUAGGAACUCUCGGGGUCGCCGAGAGUGUGGCGAGGAAAGACUGUGAAGCACAGGAUGCUGGCAAAGUGACAUCUAUCCUCAAAUGGUCGCUGGAUGAAGGAAAGGCAGCUGGACUUGUGACAACUGCCCGCGUAACGCACGCCACACCUGCAGCCGGAUACGCCCACUCCGCAGAGAGAGACUGGGAGGGUGAGUCGACACCAACAAGAGUAACGUCACGGGGGAGGUGCAAGGACAUUGCGCAACAGCUUGUGGAUAACCUUGACCUUCAGGUGGUGAUGGGAGGGGGACGCCGCUACUUUCUACUCAACAACCAGACAGACCCGGAAACAGGAGAAAUCGACUCCAAACAGCGAGCUGAUGGACGUGACCUCAUUAAUGAUUGGAAAAACAGCAAAGGUGACAAGAAUGCAACGUAUGUAUGGAACAAGGCGCAGUUCGACUCCGUGAAUCCCGCCAAGACAGAUUACCUGCUUGGUCUGUUCCAGCCCUCCCACAUGCAGUACGAUAUAGAUCGCAAUUCUUCUGGUGACGGGGAACCGUCUCUGGCCGAGAUGACGACGAAAGCCAUUCAGAUCCUGAAAAAGAACGACAAAGGAUUCUUUCUGCUGGUAGAAUCCGGUCGUAUUGAUCAUGGUCACCACGAGACCUACGCCAAACGCGCGCUGCACGAGGUGAAGGCCCUCCACGAAGCCGUCCAGGCCACCAUGGACGUAAUCAGUGACAAAGACACUCUCGUCGUCGUCAGCGCCGACCACUCCCACGUCUUCACAAUCGGCGGCUACCCCUCAAGAGGCAACAAUAUCCUUGACAAGGUGAACCGUGUGCCGAACUACAGGGACCCCUUAGACAUGAUGCCCUACACCACCCUGGGAUAUGGGAACGGCCCUGUGGUCCGCGAGAACCUCACUGAUGUGAACACAACAGCCGACGUGGAUUACCGUUUUACGAGUGCAGUCCCAUUGGCGUAUGAAACUCACGGAGGUGAAGACGUUGCUAUAUACGCCCAGGGUCCUAUGGCGCACCUGUUCCAUGGGGUGCACGAGCAGAACUAUAUAGCGCACGUCAUGGCCUACGCGUCGUGCGUAGGGAUCAACAAGAAGCACUGCGAUGAGGUCGAACCUGCAAACGGAAGUGGACAGAACAUUGUGUAUUUCUACACUAUUAUUUCCGGUUUACUAUUAGCUGUGCUGUUGUCAGGGAUGAGACACUGAUGGUGAUUGUGAUGUCCAUUUAUAUCAACUGGUGUAACAAAUAUUCAUGUUAUUAUUAUCAACAUAUUUUUUUCAAUUUCUUAAUAAAAAAACAUCCCCCACGACACAACUCCAGCCGACGCUAUUUAUAAUUUUCUACGAGAUUUUACAUAAGGGACCAAUGACUGUAUUUAGCUAUAGCUUUAUAAUUUACUCACCGCUGGAAACGCUUCUCAUGGGUUCUUUUUGUUAUGUGAUGCAAAGGUCAAGAGUUCGCUUGUCUUGCCGAUUAUUUCUGAGGUCCUGCCGAAAUGUUUCUAAAAGCUGCGUUUGUUCAAUAGCAACUGUUUGAAAGUCCAAAAUAUACACCGCUAGUACUUGAAUCAAAGACAUCAGGGUGCGGGUGGCACACCAGACACCUAACAUUGUGGGAUCGAAUCCUUGUGUGUCCCUUUAUGUUUUUAUGUUUGAAGGUACCAUAGUAGUGCUAUGCUUCUUCCGGUUUCAUCAAAAUGGUUAGCUUCUGACACCUGCAUCACUGCCUCCGCCAUUUAGCUGACGAGCUAACAAUAUAUACAGAGUUUAAAGUGGCAUUAACUCAUCUCACCCAAUAAACCAAUCAACAAAA